GGCAAGGAAACGGUACUACCUUCAUUUUUAAUGCAACUAUUCCGUCGUUGAUUUAUCAUUGCCGAUCGAAAUCAUUUUGUACUCUGGUUCUGCACACAAUUUAGUAACGUUAAUACUGAAACUAUUAAAGAGAAUGAGUGGUGAUACUGCAGAGGUUCUACCAGAUUAUUUAAAUAAACAUCUAAGAGAUGAUAAUCAUGUUGGAGAUGCCGCUAGUGAAGUCAGCUCAUUUAGCCGUCGAAGCAGCACUACUUACAGCACUUUAAGUAGUUUUCAAGGCAGUUACUACAGAAGAAGCAAAGCGGGGCCAUACUUGGAAGGAAACCUGCGUUUAUUGGAUUCUAUGUAUGUCUAUUUUUAUUAUUAUUAAUAAUGAUUUAUAAUAUGAGAUUAAAUAUAAAAAAAAAAGAUUAUAAUAAUAAAAUUAAAUAAUUAAAAAAAUUAUUAAUAGAUAGUCUUUAAAUUUAAUAUAGAUCAGUAAUAUAGGCCUUAGUACAGAAAAUGGCAGCAGCAUUCAUACACCAAUCAAUCUAUUAUAUUGGCAAUUGGAGAUGCCAGAUGCAGCCAAUUCAACCAUAGUUAGCCUAAGUCUAAGUCUCAGAAAUGAAUACCUAUUCUAGCCUAUUUUGUUUAUAAUAUCUGAAUCUGUGUUAGUGUGUUUAAGUUUACAGAAAAAGUAAAUAGGCUUAUUACUUAGUAUUACUAGAGAUGACUAGAUCUGGGGGCUAUUACUUUCUUAUAUUUAAUUUAGUAACAAGCAUCAUACUAACAUUUACAUGUAAAAAAUUGAAUUCAUUUGUACCUGGUCCUGAAAGAAAUCAUAGCACAUGAAAUCAAUUUUAAUUUAGCAUAAGUUGAAUAUGACAUGAGCAAUCAGAAUAAGGUGAAAAUAAUAUGGCAUAAAACAUAUUAAAUGAGUUUUUGAAAUUCACUUCAAAGCUAGACAAUUAAGAUGGCACUAAAAAAAAAUAAGAAGCAAUGUAAUAUUUGGGAGGAAGAAAUUUAAAAAUAAGGGCAUGGGGUGAUUGUCAACCCAGGGACAUAAUAUAACUGACUGUGUAGCUGAAAGCACCCAUAUUUCUUGAUAUAACUUAUAUUAUAAGUAAUGGUGAUAUGGAAAAAAGAUGCUAUCUAUGUACAGUUCUGUAUAUCCCUGUAACAUGAUGCUGUGCUUAGAUAAAAAUAUAAUAUAUAAUUUAAGAGAGCAGAGUUUUUCAGUAAAAAAAAAAAAAACUACAAUAUCAAAACUAUUCAGAAAAGUACACUGUAAGUAAGAAGUGCUUUAUGUUAAAAGACAUCAGUUACCUUUGUGGUCAUGUUGUUAUAUUCUCUCUGUUUGUUCCAAAUACAAUUAUGCAAUUUAAAAGAAUGAUUGAUACCGUUACAAAAGAAGAUAUUCCACUUCACUGAAAAAAAAAGACCAUUGGUGAAGAAUUUAUUUAUAUUUUUGUUUGCUUAAUAAUACAAAAAAUAAGCAUAGCUCAUUUUAAAGUACACGUUUUAUUGGAGAAGAAUUUUUUAUUUUUUUAUUUGGUUUGUUUAAUAAUACAAAAAUGGCAUAUGUCAUUUAAAGUUUUUAUCUUUAUUUUUAUAUAUAGUCUAUAGUUUUGAAAAAAAAUGAUGAUGAUUUGGAAAAACUGCUAACAUAAUUUAAUUUUAAUUUAACAAUAAAAAUUAUUUGAUUAUUCCUACUUCAUCCCUAGAUCCCAAAUGGUUUGGAUAAUCCACUUUUGACUGUAUUUCAUCUUUUAUUUUAAUAUAAUAUUUAGUAUAUAAUCAAUUAGUAUUAAAUUUGAGUUUGGUAAAUGGAUUAUUUAAUAUGUCUAUGGUAAUGUUUCGUCCUAAAAGGGUAGAAAACAAACAAGUAUUUGAGAACUUUAUGAAAUAGGUAAUACAAGAUGCCAAGGUGUUAUAUGAAAUAUAGCAUAAAAUACAUACUCAAAUUGAGCUAAAAAUAUAACAGCUCAUAGUAAAAGUCUGGUUAAAGUUCUAUUACGAACAUCAAUUUACAUAAUAUAGAAUAGUAUCACCAAAUUCUGGCACCUAAAAAGAUAAUUAUAUAUGUAUAACUGUAAUGUGCAUUUUUUUUCAGUGACAGCAAAUCAUCAGAGAGGUGAAUUUAUCAUUAAGUAGUAUUCCCUAGUGAUGUUGUAAUUUGUUAUUUUCAUAUUUUAUAUGAAAUUGCAAAGUGAAAUGAAAGUUUCAGAUUUGAUGUGUCUUAUAUUUAUAAACAAAAAACUGUAUUUCAAUUUGCAAUUUUUUAAACCUGUUAUGACAUUAAACAAAUUUAUAACAAUUUUUAAAGUUUCAUAAAAUUACAAAAAUAUUCUUGAUCUUCCUGAUUGUCCACGUUUUGUAAACUUAAUUGUGUGCUGCCCCUGCACUUCCAUCCAAAUGUUUCCAUUUUUCUAUUUAAUUGAUCAUUUUCAUUUUACAUCUUCAGACCUUUAAAGUUGAGUUGUGUUUAUGUUUUGCUAUAUGUUAAAAUAUUUUUUCACUACAAUUUUUUUUCUUUAGUAAAUAAUUGGCCUACUAUCUCUAGCUUCUUUUUUUUUCUCAUUUCUUUUACAGCUAUAUCCCAUUCUUAAUUUUUUAAUAUUUUGUUUGUAUCACCAAAGAUUUAAAUUUAAAUUAAAUUUAAAUAGGUGAUACAUUUAACUCUGUAUCACUAGAUUAAAUUUUGGGUAUACUUGAAAAAAAAAAACUCAUCUAUUCAUCCCUGCUAGAUAACCUGUAUUUGGAAGGGAACCAUCAUUUAAAAUCAAUAAAUAUUUAUUUUCUGUGAACAAGUUUAAACAUCUAAAAUUAAGCAAUGUGACAAAGUAUUUUAAGGCCAGGAUUAGUUUUAUAUUAGUUUAUACCUAUCUGAAACUUCCUGUGGAAGCCUAGCAGUAUGUCACAAUACUAUCAGGUAGUCCAUGUGGAUAUGGAACUUACUAGACCUCAUACCCUCAGACCAAUGUAAGGCCUUGCUCUUUCUGAUUUAAAACAUCAACUAAAAACACUUUAACUAAUAAUAAGGAUGCUACUUAUAGAAAUAACAACUACCAAUUUACGUCUGCAGAAUUAACACUAGCAACACUAAAUUCUUGUUAGCAUCACCUAUAAAGCUUAAAAUUAAAAAUUUUGUAUUCUUUAUUUCCCCCCCCCCCCAGAAAACUCAGUUCUGAUGUCCCCAGAGAACUCAGUUCUGAUGUCAUGUGCUGCCGAUUCAAUGGUGAUGGCAGUCACUUAGCAGUCGGCCUAUGCGAUGGGACCAUAAAGGUGAGAUAACUCAUUUGGGUUUUUGUGUAUACUUCCUCCAGCAAACCAUGUCUUUGGUGAAAAAAAACAACCUACUUCUAAAUACGGAAUAUAUAUAUGAACUAGAUAUGAGAUAUUUAAUAACUAGAAAUGGGAUAAAAUUGUAAAUGCUAUGCCAUUUUUAAAAAUUCUUUUAUGGAGCUCUUUGAUGCGUGGAAGUAGUUAUAGCAAAGGGAACAUUGUUCUUUCUUCUUUUCAUUUCUGCUGCCACUGGAUAGCUUCAUUUACCAUGUCUUGCAUUUAAAUAAAUGUUCAUGAUGUCAGGAUCCAAACCAAAAAACAAUGAGUAUAUUUAUUUCCAGAUUUUCAACCCAUCAACUUGUCAGCUGCUCUAUUCCUUGCAUGAUGAGGACACCAAUAAACACAGACUCCCUGUCACCCAAAUACGAUUCCGGCCAUUUACAGAUGGAGAAAAAACAGAGUAUAUCCACAUCAUUAUUGCCACAUGUAAUUUUUUAUUUUUAUACUUGUCAUCAGUGAGCUAUUUAUAAAUCUUAAAUAAAAUAUUACUUUGCAACCACGAUGUGGGUUCUUCAGAAUAAUUAGCCAUCAAGUGAACUUUCAUUAUAAUGAUGUUAUUGACAUCUUUUUACUCACAGAUCUCAGACUAUUUAUCAACAUAAAAAAAAAAAAUCAACAUAUAUUUGACCUAGACACUUCCACUAAUUGUAACUCAGUGUGCUAUAGGGUUGAUCACCCUGCCGAUUGGCAUGCAGAUAAAUUCCAUUCCCUGAGUGGUUUUCAUCUAGAGAGCAGUUGGUGGGGCUUUGGAACUGUGCAUUCAUGACUUAACACACACUGCUGGCAUAAGAAUGGGGUUAAAGUGGGGGCUAUGAUGGCCCAGGGUGGAAUUUUUUUCAUUAUAUGGAGUGACACCAUUAUCUGCAAUCUACAGGGGGGGGGGGCAUCAGGUACCUUGGCCAGCCCGAGGCAGGCACUAACCCUAGCUACACCGCUGCUUGGGAACAAACGGUUAUUCUCUAGCAGAAUAAGCUUCAUUGCAAUACCUCCCUCUUAGUGUUAUUGGUGUAUAUCUGUCACCACUAGCGGGAGCCCAUGAAGGUCACCUUAACUCCUUUAAUGGCAACUGCACUUGUUCUGUCAAUAGCAACAAUUUUUCCCAUUUGUGCAGAUGCAUCUGGUCAUGUCAAGUUUUGGCACUACACAUCUGGCAAGUGUCUGCACACCAUUGAUGAAGACAGACAGACACUAGCACUCACAGUUAAUCCAGAGGGAACACACAUCAUCACUGCUGGUGCUAAUCCACAGAUUCACAUGUAUGAUCUGGAAACUAAGAAAAAGAUUUCCACCAUGGAGCCAAGGUCAUCAAAUUUCAAAAUUGUAUACAGUAGUUUUACUGCUUUUUAAAAUUAAAUGAGGUACAAGUCUAAAAUUGCAUGUUCAAAAAGCUCUACUGCUUGUCUUUCCAUAAAAGUUAAUAGAUACUUUAAUUCCUUCUUAAAGAGUUCAGAGCAAGGUAAGCCUCUCUGAGAUAAAUUUUUAAAAAUGAUAACCUAAAUUUUUAUAUAUUUUUUUUUACAUUGAUAUAAAGUGAUGGGCAUGAUAUCAUGGAUGGCCAUCGAUUCAGGGUGUUUGCCCUGCAGUAUAAUCCGAACCAUCCACACAUUUUCAUAUCAGGCGGAUGGGAUGAUACAGUUCAGGUUUGCCUUAUCUCUUUUUUAUUUUAUGUAGUGAUAAGAGGGUGAGAUUGUUAUAAUCAAAACAAAAUGUUGCACAGUUUUAAAAAAAAAUUAAUGUAAAAAUAUGUAAGUGGUUUCUAGCCUUUUCAGAAUUCUGCAUGUCUUUGGCUACUGACUUCAUGUCUUAGGUUUCGGACUUCUUGUUUUAGGCUUCUGACUUCAUGUCUUAGGCUACUGACUUCAUGUCUUAGGCUUCCAACUUCAUCUCUUAGGCUACUGACUUCUUAUUUUAGGAUUCCAACUUCAUGUCUUAGGCUACUGACUUGCCACUGACUUUAUUUCUUAGGCUACUGACUUCAUGUCUUAAGCUACUGACUUCAUUUCUUAAGCUACUGACUUCAUGUCUUAGGCUACUUUUAUAAUUUCCAGUUAUAACUUACAGUUAUUGUUUCUUACAUACAUUUUUUAUUUAAAUUUUAAAAUGUAUUUGCCCUAAAAUUAAAAUAAUGAGCACCCACACAUGAUAUUUGUUCAAGAUGCUAACCAAUUUAAUUAAAUUUGAUAUUUUACACAUGAUAAUUUUUCAAGAUGCUUACCUAUUUAAUUAAAUUUGAUAUUUUACGACACUUUACAUUAACUAAAAUACAUUUUAAACAUGCAAUUUUUCAUGGCUGAAAUUGUAAGAUUUUUAGCAUUUUGUAAUUUUUUUUUCUGUUCUAGUACUGGGAUGACAGAAAAAUUCAUUCAAUCAAGUAAGUAUUGAAACUGAAAAUUGAAAACAUGGCCUUAGAAAUUAUGUUUAUGAUCAAACUAAAUACAAAAACAGGUCUAUAAUUAUUUAGCCAAAUAUAAAUACUGCAGAUUGUGUGUUCUCAUAUUACAGUUGUUUUGUAUUGCUUGGCAGUAUGCAUCUUAAUUACAAAUAUUUACUAUUCAGUACUGCUAAAAUUUUAGAAUAAUUAACUUCAAAGCAUAUAACAAACCUUCAGUUUUUUAAUGAAGUUGCCAUGGUCACAGUUCUAUUCAUUCUUUAAUUUAUAAAAACUAUCACUUAACUGCAAAAUGUAAUCUUUAUAAGUCUUCUGAUAUCAUAGCCUACAAUUAAGUUUAAUUAUUUAAAUUUAACACCAGCAGACUGACUACAUCAUUGCUCAUGUCUGCUUAUUUAGGAAGUUCACUGGCCCACACCUGUGUGGUGACGCCCUAGACAUAGACCCCGUCCACAAUCAUAUCCUCACAGGAUCAUGGAGGAAAAGCCAUGUAUUGCAGGUAAAUACAAGUCAGCAGUGCCUUACUCUUGUGUCAUAUAGCAUUCUCCAGUCAUAUUUCAUUCAACAGGACUUACUCAGUGGUUGUCUCAACUGGGUGAUACAUUUUAAAGGCUCUGAUUUCAAAAUGGCUGAUUUAGAUUUAUGAUUUUGUAACUAGGAGAAACUCACAGAAUAAAUGUAUGAGGCUAAAAAAACUGUUAAAAGAAAUAUUAAAAAAAAAAAAAAAAAAAAAAAAAAAAAAAAAAUAAAUUACAUAGGGUUCUAUAAAUUAUACAGUAAAGACAUAACACAGAAAAUAAUGAAUGAAUUCAAUAGUUUAUUUAAAAAUGCAGAUACAAGAAAGAACAUCUCAAAAUAUAUUUCAGUCUUCACAAGUUAAAACUAUACAAAAUUUCAUCAUGGAAAACAUGGCCUUGACCUGAUAAUGCUUGUGAUAAAAUAUUCUAUAUUUAGCAACAUGUGCAACCAUAUUCUGGGCUGCUUGAGAUUAUUUAAAGUAGUUGGUUACAAAAAAACCAUACAAUUUUCAUGACACAAUGUGAAAAAAUGUUAUAAUUAUUUUGUUUCACUAAAGUGAGAAACCUAUUGUUGUAGUAUUUAUUUUCCAAUAUUAUUUCUUGAAUUUUGACUUUUUUUUUUCUUUCUUUUUUUGUAAAGAUACUGUUUUUUUAAAAAGCAAUUUAAAUUAUUUUUUAAUAAUCAAUUCAUUGCAGAUCUGGGACUUUGCCUCAGCUAUUAAGAUCAAAGAUGUGCCACAUGACACAUUACAUCAUAGCCAGGUAUGUUUUUAAAAAUAUUUGCACCAUCUUCUUGUUGUCAGUUGAUAAAAUAAAGUGAUUUUUAAAAUAAUCUCACAGUAUACAGAUGUUCCCUCAGUGCCUUUCAUCAGUGAAUUUCUUCACCUAAUUCAAUAUAAUGGCACCCCUGUAAAACCAUGAACGCUAUGAAAGAUAGUUCACUAUCAUAUUUUUUUUUCCAUUUUGCCCUUGCAGCUCUACUGCGCUCAAUGGCUGGGAAAAGAUAGCAUCAUAUGUGGUGGAACAGAUCAAAAUAUGGCCAGAACUAUUGACAGAGGUACCCUCAAUGUAAGUCAUGGCUCCUAUUUAAACAUCAACCAUGCAUUAUAUUUUUAUAAUGAUGAAGUAGACUAGCAGUUUGUAGAAGAAGAAGAAAAGAUCAAACUUCUAAAAGCAGAUAGCUAAAUGAAAAAUCUUCAGAUCAAUCACAUAAAAAUUCAAUAUUAUCCUGGGUUCUCCUCCACUAGGAUGAAAUCAUGUAAAUAUUGACACAUUUUUUCAAUACAUAAAUACACCUGCCACUUAUUCUUAAUUUAAUCAAAAUACACAUUAAUAUAUACCAGUAUAUAAGAAUGAGCUAGGCUGACCAUAUAACGCUAAAAAGAAACUAAUGGCUUUAAAUUAAAUGCAUUCGAUUUCUUAAAAAACAAUAUUAAGGAUUUUCUAUUAUUUCAUGGAAAUUGAAUCAAUUUAAAUAUGAUAAAAAAUAAAUACUUCUGCUUAUAUUUAAGUCAAUUUAUAUGUUUAAGUAUUAAUAUCAUAUAUUAGAAAUACAUUUAAUAUAACCAUUAAAUAACUAUUUUAAGCUUUUUGUCCAAAUUUGAAAGUUAAGAUAUUAUUUUUAUUGUCAAUAAAUGAUCAUCUAUGCACUACUUACUGUUAUUAAAUCGUAAUCACAUUUAUUGGGAAUACCCAAACGUCUGUUAUUGUUUUUGUUGCCAGUUAAUAUUGCAAAAUUAAAUUUAAAUUUAUUUUUACUUCAAACAAUAUCAAAUUAAAAUUUUUGAUUGAACUCAAAUAAAUAAAAAUUAUAUAAAUUUCAUAAGAACUAAACUUAAACUCGAACAUCAAAAGCUUCAAUUUUCCUUGAAAAAAAUAAUAAUGAUAAUUUAUUUUCACCUAUUUAAAAAAACAAAAUUAAUAAAUACAAUUGAUAGAUUUUUACAUUGUUAAUAAAACCACACCAACUUUUAGCUUUGUAUUUUUAACAUUUAAUAAGUUUUUACUUAUUUUUCAUUCCAAAAAUGUGCUUUUUAUCAAAAUUUAUAAAGUAAUAAAAACUUGACUUUUAACCCUACCAACCCUGACACAAUGAACCAAACUGUCCCCUAUCCCUGUACAUUAAAGAGAAUAAACCAACAUGAUGUAGAAAAAUGUUAGUUACAUGCAAACAAGUUUUUAGAAUAAGAUGGAACUUGGAAACAUUGUAGAAAAUAGGUCUACCUUUCAUCUAGCACCAAUAUUCCACCUUUUUGUGCCAAUCCACCCAUCAGGAUGAGCCUUGUUUCACACACAGGUACUUAUAAAGUGAGCACCAGAUGUUGCUCUUCAUCUUCCUACAUGGAUUGUCUUCGUAAGACACUCCAGGAUUUUGGUAGUUGUACCUGGAGUGCUUUUCCAUGCCCACAACACAGAUAUGAUUAGACGAUGUGUCACUUGAACUGGAAACGUAUUCAGAAUAAUUCUUGAUAGAAUUCUGACUCCUCACAGUCUGAAUCAACCAAAGUAUUGAUCACCUGUUGGACUGUGAUAAGUCUAGACUUACUUCGCUUUCCUGUUGAAGUGCUUGGUUCAUCAGUCAGUCAUUGUGAAUUUUCAGAAUUUUUUCACGUCAAACCACACAAAGUCAAUGCAAACACAUGGGAGCAGACAUUAGCAAUUAUACCUCAGAAUAAAGGAAUGAAUUUGAUCAAUAAUGAUCCUGCUUCGGGAAACACAUAUCACAUGGAGGGAAUAGGGUGUGUAUCUAAAAUUCCAAUGAUAUUACAGUAUUGAAAAAGAGUCGUUUUCUCUUUCAACAAAUAAACAAUGUUAGACCAAUUUAGAAAAUAUAUUUCAAUGGCGUUGACAAACCGUGGGUUCAUUUACAUUAGUAUACCCAUGCCACAAAUAAAAAUAUCAAAACUUAAUAAUUUUAUGCAUCAUAUUUUCUACACAAGGCCUGCACAACUUAAAAUGUAAGGUGGGUCGUAAUAAUUUAUGAAAAACUUGUGUAGGCCAAAAGAAAACAGGACAGGACUUGUGAGGGCCAAAAGAAAAUAGGACAAGGGGGACUGCUAUUAAGAAAAUAAUACGAAUAAAGAAAAUUUCGUUACUUCGCGAGCCACAAAGUGGUUGCUGGCAGGCCGCAUGUGGCCCGCGGGCUGUAUGUUGUGCCGGCCUGUUCUACACGGUAUUGGGGUGUAUUGUGAAACUUUGUGAGAAUCUUGAUAUAUAUUUAAAAUUUAAACAUUUUAAUUGCAGACUACAGGUCAACUGGUUGACCUACCCCAAGGAGUUUACUGCAUUGAUAAUGACAGGCAGCUGACUUUCCCAAAGAUUGCUGUGGGUUCCAACAGAUACAUUUACAUUCUCAGAGCAGACAAAAGAAAUGCCAACAGCUGAAGUAAGCUGCAAUAUACUUUGGAUGAAUUCACAUUAAUAAUUCAAUUUCAAAAUGUUUCGAAUUAUUUUUGUUUUAAAAUUUGAUAACUUGAAAUAUUUUAAUGAUGUGGCGAUCUAUAAAUCAAUGCUGCAUUGCUGUUUCAUAAAUACGUCUGAUGACUUAUUAACUAAAUGUUUUAAUUGGGCUAUCAUCACACUUGUAUUCUAGAGUGUUAAUUUCUGUGUAAUGCCUAACGUGGAAGCUACACUCCAGUACUCCAAAUAAUGAUAUCUUUAUUGAAAUUAGUAGUUGUUGAUGCUUUUUAUCCUCCUACUUGUAAAGAAUGAAAAACAAUUUAAAAUGAAAAUAAGAAAGCAACCUAUGUCUUCAUUGAAUCAACUAUUUUUUCCAUGGAUAAUUUGUUAAUAAAUAUAUAUAAUAAUUCAACAACUGAUUUUUUUGUGACUAGGGUUAACUAUAUUUCUUGAAAAAAAAUUAAAUUUUCACUUGCCUUACUUUUUUGGCUGUGUGCACUUCCAAAAGUGGUAAGAACAUGAGGGUAAUUUCCAUAAGAUUUUUAAAUCAAAAUGGCCGUACAUUUAUGAAUGUGUCUAUUCACUUGCUAUGUCUACUAUACUCAAGAAUUUAGCAUUUAAUAAGGCAGCUUAUACUCAGCUAAUGCAUAUUAAAAAAUUGUCUAUUUUUGCUAAGAUUGUGUUUUUCUAUGUUGGUAUAAACUUCUGUUUUAUGUCAAGUACUGAGUACCGGAUCUAAACACAAGCUUUCUAAGAAAUUUUAAUUUAACUUGACCUUCUGUUGUGGUGGAGUAAUCCAAAUUUGGAUAUCAUUAGUGUUAUCUUAGAAAUUACAAUCCACCUUGCUAAACCUAAAUUACAAAACCCACACAGAAAUGAGGUCAACUAGUUAUUUGUGGAAAAAUAAAUUUGAUUCUUGUUUGAUGUAUGAUUUAAAUCAGUGUUUCCCAAACUUUUUAUUUUGAUGGAUCGGUGGAUAAGUUUCCCAUUGCACCAGAGACUAUGGCCAGAUUUAUUAAUAAUUUUUUAUCUUUUUAUUGGAACCUAAAUAUGUCUUAAAAUAUUUUUUUCUGAUCCGAGAGGACUCUGUUAACUUUUACAGUUGAAUUGUUAACUUUUACAGUUGAAUGCUAGCUGCUUUACUUGUGUAGCUAAUUAACUUUAAACACUUUUAUCCAGUUUCUUGUCUCAGGUUGUGCUAACGGUUCCUGCCAGUAUGUAGACAACCAUUGUGGGAUAGACUGAUUUAAAUGAUACACAUUAUUAACAUUAUCUUAUUAUAGAUGAUCAAUUAAGCUAAUUUUUUUGUAAAUAAUAUAUAAAGGGUCUGAAAUAUAAAGGUUUGGAAACCUCUGCCACUAAGAUUUACCAAAUUUUAAGUAUAUGUUUGGUAUAGUUUCAUGUGUCUGAUAAAUAUUCCUCAAAAUUGCAUUUUAUAUUUACAACCAAAGCGCCACUGUGAGAACCAUUCCUAUCUGUACACAAAAGAGCUUUUGUCAAUGACUAAAUUAUUCUUAAUAUUGCUAUAUAAGGAUUGUAUAAAUUGUUAAAUAUAUACCGUAUACAGUGAUAAAUUUAAUAUGUGAUAAUAGCGCACAAAUAAGGUUGAUUUUUCUACAUCUCCUUUUGUUUUAUCCAGCCUUAUCAUAACAACGUAAUUUCAAUUUUUUUUGAGAUUGCAAGUCAUAAAUCCCUCCAUUUUUUUCUUAAACUGUGUACAUCCAAGUGAGGUCAAUUUUUAUUUUUUGAUAGGUUUUUAAUACUUUUUUUAAAACAAAAAAAAUCAAUGUUCAUAUUGCAUGCAGCAUUUAAGGUGUAAAUGUGUCAGUGAGUAAUGGCAAAGAUACUUGCUGUAUGUCUUUUUGUUUUUUUUUCAAACUUAGUUGAUGUGAAUGAAUGUGUUAAAAUAUAGUUCUGUUGGAAUGAAAGACUCAUCCUGCUCAAAUAAGAAAUAAUCCCAUACAAUUUCAACACAGUCUUAUCUAAUACCUUGUAAAAAAUGACAGAGGCUUGAGCUUUAUUGCACGUCCCUUCUCCAGUACUAGAUGGUGAUGUGUAUUGAUUCUUAAAGUAGAUGAUGUUAGGAAAGAUUUGGAGAAAAGAUUUAGAAAAUCAUGAUCACUUGGAUUUGAUUUUCUUGUGUUAAGCAUAAAGUACUAUAGACAGUUGUGGCUACAGCCCAAUUCUUAACCACUUUUUUUUUUUUGCUCUCGAGCAGCAUCUUGCAGUGAAGAUGCUGAAUAGUUUUUUUAAAAUGAUUUGCCAAACAUCGAUGCCCUUUUGUGCAGGAACUUUUAAGAAAUGCAAUUUUAAAUUUAAUGGUUCUCAGUUGUUUGUUUUUGUCACUUCAAAGAAAUGCCUCUCAGAGUGUGUAAGUGUAAGACUGACUGGCUUAGCUGUGCACAAAAAAAGAGUCAAAGGGUUAGAGGUCAGCAGAGACUGAGCGUAGAACAAGUAUGUGCAGUGUUCACGUAUUCCCUGGCUGAUGGCUGGCAACACUCCUCACACAAAUUUCGUUGACAGGUCUUGACUAAAAUUGACUCAUCCAAAUAUGUAAAAUCUUUUCUUUUUAAAAAAUUUUUGUUGUUGGUUUAACACUUAUCUAGACUUUCAUCUCCAUGAUCAAAUUGACAUAGGAAAUAUACACACACAAAUUGAGGAAUUUUGAAAAUUCACUUUGUAGCAACUGGCACUGGUAUCAGCUAAUGGAAGUCUGCAAUGUUUUACCAAUGAAAACUUCCAGUGUGGCAUAGAUUAAAAUCAUGGCAAAACAGCAAACACGACCUAUUUUCUAGAGCAAAUUAAGACUGAGUUAUUAUGUCUUUUAAACUUCAGCUAUACCAGUAUGUAAAUAUGUAGUAAUUUCCUGAGAAGUACAACUUCUUAAGAAAAAUCUGUUUGAUCCCAUGACAUUCAAUUUGUGUUCUUUUUAGGUGUACUUGUAAUUGUUCAAUUAUUAGUGAUUUAUUUGGUAAUGUCGAUUGUUUAAUAUUUUUUUUUAUAUCAUGUACACAUUUAUACACAACUGUAGAAGCAAUGAUGUGCUUGUACAUGUUGUAGACCUACUCUUGUCCACUGCUGCAGAGGUACAGGUAUGCUUUCACACUGUUGGCAUAUGAAAAAUGCCUAAUAACUAUGGCUCUGUGGUACAAACUGACUGAUGGGGAACCUUUUAAUUUUUCAAGAGUUGGUUUGGUUCAUGAUUUUAAGGGGG